AUGGCUCACUUAAAUGAAGACGAAUUACUGCGCACGCCGGUCGACGAUGAAGAAAUGUUCGACGAGAAUAUCGAACAACUGCGCCAAGAGGUGGAAGAGCUGGGGCAACGUAAGGCAAAUGCCCCCAUGGAUCAUGAUAACAGCGCCGAAGCAGCUCAGGAGACACUCCUCAAGGAUCUGGACGCCAUCGCACCAGCAGUGUUACGAGACUAUGCGGAGAGGAGACUUCGAGCAAUGUCACGAAAUGCGACAAUCAUCGGCCACAGAAAAAAUGCGCUGACGGUAUUCGAGACUUUGCCAAGAGAGAUACGUGAAGGUACGUACGAUGGGGUGAUCGAGGCAAUGAAAGCUAGAAUGCGCAUAGAUGGGAAUAGGUCAGCGCGUUAA